GUGCGGAGCCCGGGAAUUCCCUCCUCCUCAAGUGGAGAGCCAGAGGCCGGCUGUGCCGUCGUCGCUGCCGUCCGGCGCCCGGGACGAGGAGGUGGAGGACGGGAGCGGGCGCCGCGGGCCUGAUCUCCGCCCGCUGCCUCCUCCCCGCCACCCUUCCCCGCUGCUGCGGCGACUCAUGCGAGCGCGGCCGGGGCGCAGGCUUGAUAAUGGGCUGCAUUAAAAGUAAAGAGAACAAAAGUCCAUCCAUUAAAUACAGACCAGAAAACCCGCCAGAGCCGGUCAGUACAGGAGUCAGCCAUUAUGGAGCAGAGCACACCGCGGUGGCACCAACAUCCUCCACAAAGAGCACGUCUGUCAAUUUCGGCAGCCUCUCCAUGACACCGUUCGGAGGGUCCUCGGCGGUGACACCUUUUGGAGGAGCAUCUUCCUCGUUUUCAGUGGUGCCAAGUUCAUAUCCUGCUGGUUUAACAGGUGGUGUUACUAUAUUUGUGGCCUUAUAUGAUUAUGAAGCUAGAACUACAGAAGACCUUUCAUUUAAGAAGGGUGAACGAUUUCAAAUAAUUAACAAUACGGAAGGAGACUGGUGGGAGGCGAGAUCAAUCGCUACAGGAAAGAACGGCUAUAUCCCAAGCAAUUACGUAGCCCCGGCAGAUUCCAUUCAGGCUGAAGAAUGGUAUUUUGGCAAAAUGGGGAGAAAAGAUGCUGAAAGAUUACUUCUGAAUCCUGGGAAUCAGCGAGGUAUUUUCUUAGUAAGAGAGAGUGAAACUACUAAAGGUGCUUAUUCCCUCUCUAUUCGGGACUGGGAUGAGGUGAGGGGUGACAAUGUGAAGCACUACAAAAUUAGGAAACUUGACAAUGGUGGGUACUACAUCACAACCAGGGCACAGUUUGAUACUCUGCAGAAGCUGGUAAAACACUACACAGAACAUGCUGAUGGUUUAUGCCAUAAGUUAACAACUGUGUGUCCAACUGUGAAACCCCAGACUCAAGGUCUAGCAAAAGAUGCUUGGGAAAUCCCACGAGAAUCUUUGCGACUAGAGGUUAAACUAGGACAAGGAUGUUUUGGUGAAGUAUGGAUGGGAACCUGGAAUGGAACCACAAAAGUAGCGAUCAAAACACUGAAGCCAGGUACAAUGAUGCCAGAAGCUUUUCUUCAAGAGGCUCAGAUAAUGAAAAAACUAAGACAUGAUAAACUUGUCCCACUAUAUGCUGUUGUUUCUGAAGAGCCAAUUUACAUCGUCACUGAGUUUAUGUCAAAAGGGAGCUUAUUAGAUUUCCUGAAGGAGGGAGAUGGAAAGUAUCUGAAGCUCCCACAGCUGGUUGACAUGGCUGCUCAGAUUGCUGACGGUAUGGCCUAUAUUGAAAGAAUGAACUAUAUUCAUCGAGAUCUUCGGGCUGCUAAUAUUCUUGUAGGAGAAAACCUUGUGUGCAAAAUAGCAGAUUUUGGCUUAGCAAGGUUAAUUGAAGACAAUGAAUAUACGGCAAGACAAGGUGCAAAAUUUCCAAUCAAGUGGACAGCUCCUGAGGCUGCAUUGUAUGGUCGAUUUACAAUCAAGUCUGAUGUAUGGUCAUUUGGAAUUCUACAGACAGAACUGGUAACAAAGGGCAGAGUGCCAUAUCCAGGUAUGGUGAACCGCGAGGUGCUGGAGCAGGUGGAGCGAGGGUACAGAAUGCCGUGCCCCCAGGGCUGCCCGGAGUCCCUCCACGAAUUGAUGAAUCUGUGCUGGAAGAAGGACCCUGACGAAAGACCAACGUUUGAGUAUAUCCAGUCCUUCCUGGAAGACUAUUUCACUGCUACAGAGCCACAGUACCAGCCAGGAGAAAAUUUAUAAUCCAAGAAGCCUAUUUUAUAUGCACCAAUCUGCCAAAAUUGUAAAAAACUUGUGUAGACUUCCUCACUGACGUACAGGAAUCAAAAGAAGAAAAUCUUCUUCACCCUGCAUGUUUUUGAUGGUAAACUGGAAUUCCAGACAUGGUUGCACAAAACCACUUUUUUUUUUUUCCAAGUGUUUAAAGUACCAAUGAUGAAUUUUUCCAGCUGAUUUCAGGGUCCAAAGAAAGUAUAAUUAAAAUUUGGAUGACCAUGUGAAUGAUGGCAUGACAAUGAAGAGCAGCAAGGCUACUGCUUAUGAAUCACUCCCUUUCUUUUAUUCCCCAAACUCAUAAUUAAGAGAAAUUUAUCAAUCAGUAUAGGCAAAACUUGGGAGAUUAAAAUCAGUUAUACCAUAAUAAAAUCUAGAAUUAUGGGAUUUUCAUGGGACCAAACAAUUCCAUUCCAGUUUUUAAAAAUAUCUUGCAUUUAUUCUUCUUAGAAGUUCUUUCUAAGUUGAACAGUUAAUAUGCAACCUUUAUAUAUGCCUCUGUUUGCAUGGAAGUGGGCCAGGUUUUUAGAAGCAAAAAGGAAACGGCAUCUAAAACUGAUUAAAUGUUAGAUGACAACAGUGGAAUUUGAAAGUAUAAUGCACUGUGUUAAUACUCAAUAUACUCAUAAAACUGGAAAGUAGAAGACAUUUUUCAUUUUAAUCAUUACUUAAUAGCUCAGUUUAAAAUAAUGAAGGUAAUUAGAAAGUGAGCUAAUCUUUUGUAAGGUUGCAUUGAUUUUUUUUUUUAAAGGCAAUAUAUAAUUGAAAUCAUACAAUCCAAGGGGAAAUCUUUUAAUCUUUAGAUAGCAUGAAAAAAAUAAACCCAGCGUUUUUUAACAGUCAUUUUUGAAAAGUAGACUGGUACUGUGAGAUUGCUAAUAUGUACUUAACGGUGGGUGCCACAAAUGGAAAAUAUCACUAGAUCAGGGACUUGAAUGCACUUUUGCUCAUACUGAAUAUAGACUAACAGAGAGGAAAAUGUAUUUAAAAGAAAUAUGAGAAAAGAAAAUGUGAAAGUUUUACCGAUAGAGAUGUGGGAUGUUGUGUUUAACGUUGAUGUUAAGGAGUGACAAAAUGGCUUUGCUGGCACUCAAAGCUCCUCACUUAAUCUAUUUUCUGAGAUUUUAAGAGUUACAGGUAGGACUAUAAAACUAAUCUUUCUUAACACAAACACUAAAUGAGUGCUGUAGCCUCAAAUAGCUAAGUUAAGGCUUCCCACUAAUUCCAGUGAUACAGCUUCUAUGCAGAACGUUUUUAGAAGUCCAGUUUUCAAGUCCGUGUUGAAAUCUGCAUUCCGUUUUUAAGUAUACUUAAUGAUGAUCAUUUUUCCCCUUUUAGAAUUUAGUUGAUUUGAGGAGAACGUACUCAGUAUAAUUGGUGAAAAGAGGGUGACAGUUGUCGCAUAUUUAAAGUACACCAGUGAAACAUACAGAAUAAUACUGACUCUUAUGACUAACUCAGAAAGAAAAUUAAAAUCCCAAAAUAUGAAUUUGAAUGGCAGCGUCACCGGUGUAAGUGUCUAGCAAAGGAACUGAGUCUGACAAAAGUCUGGUAUUUACGUUUUAAAACACUCUAUUUUGUAGUCACAUUUUAAAUAAAACAACACAUCCAGUCCCAGCAUUUUAGGAAUAUCAUUACUAACCAUCAUCGCUUACCCGAUUUGGUCAUUAAAUAAACAGUUCUGUGCUGUGGUAUCUGUGUUGAGAUUCAGACCAUUUUAAAAUGUGACAGAUGAACUUCAUGCAGGUUGGCAGUAGUUGUGGUACUAAAACUUGCAGUGGUUUCUUAUGUUUCCGUAACUUGCAUAGUAUUGAAUCCUUCCACGAGGAUUUUCCCAAGAAGACUGCUGUCAUCAUUUACCUUUUACAUCCUCAACCUGUGACUUCAGAUUUUUAAAGGGCUUUGUGUGAACUAUGAUAUUUCAAUUUUUCUAAGCAUUUUAAAAAGGAGAAAGUUAUGUUUAUGUACUAAUAAUUUCCUUCCAAAAAAUAAGCCAGAAAAAAUUGAUGGCAUUCAUUAGGUUUUAAUUGAAUGGAACAGUUCCUUAUAAUAUAUCAAUUGUAUAGUUAGGAAAUAAAACACUAACUUAACGUGUAUUCAGUUUAAAUGGUUUAUGUAUUUUUAAAUUGCUGAGAAAAAUAAACAAGUUUGUACAUUUGAA